AUGUCUAAUGCGAAUUGGGGCUGUUGCUUUUCCGAAAAUGAUAACUGUGACGAAUUUAUUGUUUGCGUUAAAUGUGAAAGAAAAUAUCAUUAUGCAUGUAUGAUAAUUGAUCGUAAAAUUAUUACCUCUGAUUUACUAGCGACAUGGGCAUGCCCUGAAUGUGUCCACCUACAACCAAAAACGGCAAAUAAAGAUAAUACACCUGUGAGAAAUGUCAGUACCGUAAGAGGAAACAAAAGAAUAGUCAUUGGAUCGCCACAGUCUGAUCCCGAAAAAGUGAACAUUUCUAUGGAAGACAUCCGUCAAGUGGUAGAAGGUGUGAUGGAUGAUAAAAUGAACGAUCUAUUUAAAAGAUUUAAAGAAAACUUGGCAAUAUCAACGGCGGCUGACUCGCCAAUAACUGAUUUAUCAACAACAGAAUCAGCAGAAACAGGUGAGAUAACUGAUUUAUCAACAACACAAUCAGCAGAAACAGAUAAGACAUCAGAUUUGCCUACUAACACAGAGAUAGACGAAAAUAGUAACUUUACUGCAAACUUGGACCAGUCAGCCAAGAAUGCUGCAAAAAAUAAAAAGACAAGGGCAACAAAAAGAACGGCAGAUGCCUCAUCUGUAAUAAUUAUAAAUAAUACCACAGAUGACAUGUUAUUACAGGAAGCUAUGGAAGUACGUCAUACAAAAGAUGAUGCCCACGAUACCUUUGGAAAACAUGUGGCGUCUGAACUCCACACGCCCACGCGUUAG